UCUCAACUAGUAUAGCAGUAGUAUUACUUAGAUGAAUUCUAUUUUGUAUUCUUCACGUCAAUCUUCCACAAUCUUAAUGGUUGCUGUUACUGAAAUAGUUGAGGAUAGUUGUAAUUUAGGUGGCAAUGCAAGUGUCAAGCUCAUGUGUUCUAAUCCUCGGCUCUGAAUAUACGUGAUAUAUAUAUAAACAAUUCUAUUUUGAAUCUAAGAAAAGUAAUGAAAUUCGUGAGACAAUGAGCAAAAUGUCAGAAUCAACGAGUAAUCUACAACGCAUAUCCAAUAUGCCAGAGAUAAUGGAUUUAGUCAAACUUCUUCGUCAAAAUGGUGAUAAAGUUUUAAGUGCAUCGAGCAAGUUAUCAUUAUCUACUACAUUACUUUAUAAUUUAAAUGAAGCAUUUUCAUUGAUUGUGGAUGAUGAUGAAGAUUUGAAAUCUUCAUUUCAAGUUUGCAAUAGUUCAAAAAUAGACUUAUUUAGAGAUUUGAAAUUUUUGCACGACUUUGUACAGAAAACAAUCGGUCUAAAGCUAACUCAUUACUCGACGGCUAAUGCCAAAAUACAUGUUGAUAUUACCAAAUUUAGAAGUUUGAAAUAUUUGGAGUUGAAAAAAGUUAGUAUUAAUUUAGUAAAAGGAAUACAAGGAAUAAGAGGCCAAUUAGAAAGUAUUACGUGUGCUGGAAGACAAGGCAUUACUACUGUAGCACAAUUAUUAGCAACGUGUGGUGAAGAUGCUGGAGCAGGAUUCGUUUGGGGUUCUUUGAGGCACUUAUCAUUAUCUCAUAAUGCUCUAGAACGAUUAGACAGAUCCUUUGAACUUACACCAUGGCUACAAAUAUUAGAUUUGAGUCACAAUUUACUAAAUAAUGCAGCAGAACUUGAUUGUUUGCCUAAUCUAAAAUAUCUUAAUCUUGGAUAUAACAAAUUAGAAACGGUUCCUGCUUUUAAUAAAUCGACAAUGCAUUCUCUUCAAAUAUUAGUUUUAAAAAAUAAUUACAUCGAAGAUAUUAGUGGCUUAGAAGGAUUGGAAUGUUUAACGGAGAUAGACUUAUCAUUCAACUGCUUAACGGAACAUUCUGUUUUGUGGCCUAUUGAAAGGAUGUCAGCGUUGCUAUGGCUAUCUUUGGAAGGAAAUCCAUUAUCAUAUCAUCCAAAACAUAGAUUGUUAUCCAUUAAAUAUUUACAUCCAUGUUUAAUCGAUAACAAGUUUGUUUUAGAUCAUUGGCCUUUGUCAAAAUCAGAAAAAAUGCUUGUAGAAGACAAUCGUGUUUUUCCAAUUAGAAACAUGCAGUCUAGUGUUGUAUCAAGAGACAAUUUUGUUUCUUUGUCAAAUUCAACUACUUCCAAUAAUACAUUUUCAUCUGGUGACUCUUUUGUUUCUAAAGAUUUCUUAAUAAAUACCCCCCAGACUUCUAAUACAAGCACCAGAGGGGAGACAAGUUUUACUGCUUUAGGAAAAAGUAGAAAAAAGACAAACGUAAAGGAAGCUAUUAUCACAGAAGAAGACCAAGAAAAAAAGGAUUCCGUGAAUAAAUCAGAAGUAUUAUCUUCUUCGCAUUUAGAAACGAAGAAACAAAUAUUGGCAUUACGAGAGAAAUUUGGCAAAGUAAAUUGGCUAAGCAGUCAAGCUGGGAGCUUUGUUCAAGAUAUUAUGGGUUUGCAAUCACCAUCACCUACGAUUAAUUAUCUCGUCGAUACAAAUUCGACAUUAUCCGAAGACAAUCUUGAUAUAACAUCUUUGAUAGAAAAUAAGGAUUCGAAUCAUACUAAUUCAGAAAAUUUAAGCAAUCCUGUUGUUGUAAAUUGUAAUGAUAAUGGAAAUUCUGAUAAAGUAGAAGAAACAGACGAUAACAAAGUAUCCGAUAAGGAAGUAUCGAAUAAUGACGAUUUGACAACUACUCUUGAAAAUCCUCCUGAAGUCAAUCCUUUGUUUGAUCUCGAAUUAGAAAAAAGUGAUUUGUAUUUAGUACAAAACAGGAAAAAUUCGAAUGAAAUGGAAGAAUUAUUUCUAGAACUAACGGCCGACGAUAUAAAGGAAAGAGAUACUACAAGUGGAAUAGUUAGAAAUUCUUGGUCAGUAGCAUCCGUUCUAUCGUGUGUAUUAGGAAGAGGUGAAGAACCUAUGGUGGACAUUAUAUUCGAUACGAAACGUAAAGAUAAACAAAACAGAAGAUAUUUUAUAGAAUUGGAAGACGCAAAGAAAAUCGUGUCAGUGAUCAAUGAAAAAAUGAGUGCACAUCCUAUACUAUUAAAAGUUUAUAAAUGCAUGAAGUGUUCGACUCAUUUCUCAGAUGAUGAGGAACAUGCAGCUAUAAUUCUUAGAUCUGCAAUUGGUAUGAAGCAAUUGAAGUGUCCUACUUGUACAAGUACAUUAGUUAUAGAGAUGAAUGAAUUUUCAGAAAUGCAUUCUAAAAAUGAAGAAACUCUCACGCACAAAAACAAUAAAUCUAUUGAAAUGUCUGAAAUAAUUAAUUUGCAACAUUCUGAAUCGACUUCUAGUAUCGGUGCAGGUGGAACGGAGGGUGAAGCUAUAUCCGUCAGCACUUCUCUGGUGCACUACGACUCUCACCCCCAAGCCCAAGUCUGCUGUUCAGCAACUAGUUUAGAAGAAUCAAGAGAAUCAACGCCUUCGAUAAGUGCCAUAAUUAAAAAGUACGAAAGUGAUAUAGAAAUUCUUAGUAAUCCAAGUCAAAGUAGUAUCGAAGUUUUGGACGAAGCUUCAAAAGCUAAUUUAACUCCUAAUAGGAAGAAAUCAUCGGAAGAAAGAUCCGCAAGUGUUGCUCCUUCUCUUUUAACAAUUACGGAUACAAUUGGUCCGGCUAUGGUUGGAUUAACUGAAAGUAGUUCUUCAGGUUCUUUAACUGAUAGCAUCUGUACAGCGUAUGAAAAUAGAAAUGUUAAAAAAUCUAAUAAUACCGAAAUAAAUUCUGAAAAAGAAUCUGUACCCGUAGCAAAUAUAUCUACGAUGCUUGGAGAACUUUUACAAAGUAUCAAAAUAGGAAGUAAUAAAUCUUUACCAAUAAAGACUGAGGAAGAAAUAAGCUCUUUAAAUAGCAACGUGCAAUAUUCUUAUACAGAUUUUAGUAGCGUUGAUCAUAGAGUGAAACUCCAUAUCAUUUUAAACGUCUUUGAACACGAAAGUGAAGAACUUGCUCUACUUCUUAGGGCUGAUAUAUUGAUGCAGGGUCAAAAGGAAAUAUUUCCAGGAUGUUUAGUUUUAUCUACAUCAAAGGUUUAUAUCCUUAAAAUUGAUGGACCAGAAGGGGAGGAUCCGCAGCGUUGGUUGCACAAAGAAUGUAGCUGGACGAUAGAUAAAUUAAGAUCUAUUGCAGCAUUGCCUUUUAAACAAGGUGUUUUAGUAGAGUUACAACAGCCAACAAAAAUGAACGAAGAGUACGUCAACAUUAGUUUAUUAUGCAUACUACAAGAUUUUCAAAGGACAUCGAAUUUUUUAUUUUAUAUAACAGACCCUCCGCUACCUGCUAGUUGCGAAGUCGAAUUUUCUGUACCAGAGCAUUGCAGUACUUUAAUGCAUAAUUUAUUAUCAGAUAUUAAAAAAGAUGAAAAUAGUGAUGAUACUGUUAGAAUUCUAGCACUCUUUUCUUCUGCAGUACUGAAAUGUCAUAAUAAUACUGUAAUGACCAAAUACUCUGGACUCUUAAUAACAGCAUCCACCUUAGUAAUAUUAGAGGAUAAUAUGCAAUGGCUUUUACCAAAUACUAAAGUAGUACCAGUUGUAUUGAAAGAACAAACUAUGAGUAAUUUAAUGGGAAUCGAACGCUGCGAUACGAUGUUGGUUUUAAAUUUCUUAAACGAGAUUGCAGGCUCGGAAGAAACAUGGAGCUUAGAAUUUAUUUCUGUAGGUGCUGCCGAGGCUGUCAUUAAUUCAAUACAAUCGCCAUGGGAAGAACUGUUUUCAGUACCCCUUCAAGUUACUACCAAAUCAAUACUAGAUAAUGACAAAUCUUAAAAAAGCGUAGGAGUUAAAUCAUUACCCAUGGAAGGGAGAGCUCAUUCAUUACUUUCAACAAAGAUAAGUACGAUUCGACAAUACCAUCAUCAUCAUGAAAGAUUUUGGAAGACUGUGCAAAAUUUUAUUUACACUGGAAAAGAACCAAAGAUAGAGAUAAAUAUCCUAUCAAAAAAAUAUGAAAAAGGAAUAUGCCUCUUAUAAUUAUUAGGUGGACCGGAAAAUAAUGUCGUUUCUACAUAUGUCAAAUUUUGUAUAUUUUUAUCAAAAACCGAUUGAUUUUUAUCAAUUUGAUAUUAAAAAUUUGCAUACUAGAUGAAGAAAGGUUGUUCAUAACAAAGUUGAUUAUAUUAUUGAUUAAAAAUAUAAAUUUGUUAGAAAUUUAUUCGUGUGAAUGUAAGGUUAGAAAGCGACGUUACUUUCCGGUCCAUCUAAUAUUACAAAUUUCAACAACAUUAUUUUGAAAUACAUUUUAAUGGGCAAUUCUUCACCUGUACAAAAUGUAUUGUCAAACAUUGUACUGGGUAAUUGAAAAUAUUAUUAUGUAUUAACUGACAUUUAACAAUAUGAAGAAAACUACUUUUUUUUUUAUCUAAGAGAUUGUCAGAGCAACAAUGUCAUUGAUAUAAAUGAUAGAAACAGUGUCUUACUUGCACAAUAAUAAAAAAUGAGAGAAUAAAAUUAACAGAAAAUCAAAUUCAACUGAGUAUCAAAGUUUGUCACGUGCUUUUUAUGAUUAUUGACUGGAGGAUACAAUGUUAGAAAAAAAAAGCCAUAGAAUAUCUCUAAUAUCUUUUAAAAAAUAUUCUAUAGAUUUUUUAAUUUUGCAUGGAAUAGUUGAACAAACGAAUGAUUUGAUUUUUUUUUUAUAGGUCUACUAUGUAAUUUUGUAGAAAAGAAAAAACAAAUUAACAUU